AUGAGUAACAAAAAACAAGAAAUGGUUAGACACCCAUUUUUCAUUAGAAAUAAGGCAGAUGCAUUACUAUUCAGAACAGAUGAAGGAAUUGAAUACCAUUUUGAUUCAGGUCUACAUAGUAAAAUAAUCGCAGCAGAAAAAACAAGCACAGUCAAGCAUUACAUUGAAUGUGAAAUAAAAGAGGAUGGAACAGUGGAUCUGAUUGAUGAACAUGAUGAAAUACUCGCCUUUAAGCAUCCAGCUGAUUUCAUUAUGCCGCAAAAUGAAAUUUCUAUGGAAUUCUAUGAUGAAUUGCAUAGUAUGCUAAUGGAUCCAAAGUUAGAUAACUAUGAGAAGUAUGCUGAUGAUUUGAAUAGUUUUCUGAUGAACAACAACUUUCCAGAAUACAAUCCACACGAAUUGAUGAAAAACACUGGCGUAGGAAACCUGAAUCAACUGGAACCAAGUACCAAGGAUGAGUACAUCAGAGCAGUUUUGAUCACAAUUGAAGAUAAAAUACCAAAUGAAUUUGGUGAAAACUUCAAAACACGCUUCGUUGAGCUGUUUGGUGAUGAAAGAUAUGCAACAAUCAACGAAUUCAUCAAAACAGAAAUCACUGAGGACAUUCUAACGCAAAAAGAUUUGAAAGACAAGUAUGAGACAUUAGAAGAUCCACCAUUCAGAUUGUAUCACCUAAAGCAGGCCAUAUAUGAGCACUUCUUUCUCUACACAACAGGUCCCUGGAAAAACUGCAGAAUUCGUUUUGGAUACAAUCCAAAAUUAGACUGGUCAAACUACAAGUAUCAAAAAGUGGAAAGCAGAAGCCAGAACAUGAAUUUUGUAGUCAAAGAUAAUCCAAUACUUGUCAAAGAGAUUGAAAGGAAUCGCAAGUGGUAUAUUUCAGACAAAUUUGAUCUUAAAAUGGGGUUUCUAACUAAGUCAUUCAUGCAGUUUGCAAAUUACACACAAUCAAAUCAGGUUGAUGAAAUGAUGUACGAAGAAGAAUACGACAUAUUUGAUUAA